UGCCGCUGCUGCUGGAGGCAGGUGGGAUCCGCUCAGUGUCGCUGCUCGGAGUCUCCGAUCACUUCCUACACACUUCCUACGGGAGAGGAGCGCUCAGUACCCGGCAUCCAGACGGCUCGGCGGCUGCAGGAGAAGCAUGGCAGCAGGCAGCAGCCUCUAGGUCUCCGGCUGCCCCUAAGCCUUCCUGAGCUCCGCUGCUAUUAUUACUGUGGUCCCGGCUGGAGCCCGAUGAGGACUUAUAGCAGCUGAUGCGAGAGCUCCUGAUCCCCGGGAGACCACACACAGUCCGCCCGCUUGUGAGAGGCAGCUACCCGGCACCAUGGGAGAACAACCGAUCUUCACCACAAGAGCGCAUGUCUUCCAAAUAGAUCCCAGCACCAAGAAGAACUGGGUCCCUGCUAGCAAGCAAGCAGUAACAGUCUCCUACUUUUAUGACAGCACAAGGAACAGCUACCGAAUCAUCAGCGUUGAUGGGACCAAGGUUAUUAUAAACAGCACAAUCGUACCCAAUAUGACUUUCACAAAGACAUCUCAGAAAUUUGGCCAAUGGGCUGACAGCAGAGCAAAUACAGUUUUUGGCCUAGGAUUUGGAUCUGAGCAGCAUUUGUCUAAGUUUGCAGACAAAUUUCAGGAAGUUAAAGAAGCCGCAAAACUGGCCCGAGACCGAUCGCAAGAAAAGAUGGAAACUUCUAGUAAUCAUUCCCAAGAAUCUGGCCGGGAAACUCCAUCAUCUACUCGAGCAUCCAGUGUGAAUGGGACUGAUGAUGAAAAGGCUUGCCAUGGUGCCCCUUCUGACUCCGAGCUGAAGACAGAAAAUGAUAAACUAAAAACUGCCCUAGCCCAAAGCACCUCCAGUGUGAAGAAAUGGGAGACAGAAUUAGAAACAUUGAGAGAGAGUAAUGCACGGCUAUCGUUGGCCCUACAAGAGUCCAUUGCAAGUGUAGAACAUUGGAAAAAACAGUUUCUAGAAUGUAAAGAUGAGAAUGACCAACUCGGGAACAAGAUUGGAGAGCUGGAGACACAAUGUGAAGAAAUAGACAAGGAACGAGAGAGGAAUGAAGAGCUCAGUAAAAGACUGCAAGAGCUGGAAGCUGACAUUCAAGACAAAGAAGCUGAACUUGAAGACCUCAGGAAACAAAGUGAAGUGAUCCCACAGUUGAUGAUGGAAUGUGAAGCGGUGACUGAAAAGCUUCAGGAUGCUGAGCAGAGAAACCAAGACCUAGAAGAUAAAGUGAGAACACUAAGAAAAGAAGUUGAAGAAAGUAAACAUAGACAGGGCCACUUGAAACUGGAACUGAAACACUUCUUGAACAUACUAGAUGGGAAGAUUGAUGAUCUGCAUGAAUUCCGUCAAGGACUCUCUAAACUAGAAAUCGAUAGUUAGUGUGUCUCUGUGUGUUUUUUUAUACACCCAAGAUCUAUACUCAGCAACAGCAGGAGACUGAGGCCUGGAGGAUGCUGUGUUACUUCAGUUUUGUUUGGGGUGCUGGUAUCAGUUUAGUCUCUUGGCAACCAGUAGUGGCCUAAACCUUAGAAGCCAUUUUUUACUGUUUCUACAAACCAGAGCCAUCCAUCUUAUAAAAUGCAGCACUCUAAAGUGGUAAGAAAAAAUACAUCAUAACUAUAAACUAUAAGAUACCAAAUGUGGUGUUCAAAUGUAACAGUCCAUAGUCCUUUGAUCAAGAAACAAUGGUUGGCGUUAAAAUGGUUAGAAAACAGGGAAUAGCACCGGUAUAUCACCUCUUUUGUCCUCCAGUUCUGCUACUCACGAAAAUGUCUGAAUUGCAAUAAGAAAAAGCACAUAAAGAAUACUGGACCUGAGUUGCAGGUUCAGACAGCACUGCAGUAGUUGCAAUAAUUCUAAUAACAGGAUGGCUAUAGUAGAGUUAGAGCUCUCUCUCCUAUUCACUGGUGGUCAGGUUUUGGAUAAAAAUAGAACAAAUGAACUAACAGGGUUAUCGAAACUGAAACUGCCACAGACCACUUCCUGGAAGUAUAUGACUCUAAUAGGCUAUAAAAAAUAUAUAGAGAGAGGUCUCUAUUGAAGAUAUUAUAUAUAAAAUAGUGACAAGAAACACACAGUUAUAUCAAAAUUUAUAUUGGUCAUGGCUAUUUAUAGAGUUCAUUUAUCAUGUCAUUAUCGUACAUUGUUAUAGUAAGGAACAUAUUUUAUUAAAAGGAUAAAAAAUUCUAGUAAUCUAUUUUCAUAAUGUGAACCUUUCAAUUACAUAUAGCAGAAACGUCGUCGAUAGUGUGGGAAGAACUGGAAUUUAUAGUAAAAGCCUUUAAAAUGACAAAGACUCCUGAAUAUAUAUCGUUUCAUAUAUAGAUGAUUUCUACCAAACUUGCUAGUCUAGUUCUUCCCAUAUAAUGGAUGUUUCCACUAUAUGCAGGUAAUAAGUCUUCUUUAAUAGUUGUAUUGGCCUCUUCUCAGGCAGACAAGAACAAAUCCUAAAUUUGCACAAGACAAAAAAAAUGCUCUUCCACUUGAUGGAUACACUUUGAAGUACUUUUUCUAGAGUUAGGCCCAAACUCUUCAAAUUUCUCAGCAGUGUUCCAGAGACUCUUUAUCCCAGUUAUGUAGCUGGCAUGAUGGGACUGCCAUGUUAAUGCCUUAUAUGUAUGGAACACGUGUCUGAAAAGAUGUAUACUUUUCCCUUUUAUUCUAUAAUAAAGGGUGUUUUUGUUGUGGUUGGUCUACCAAUCGUAUGGAAGUAUAAAAAUGUGUAUAAGCCAUGGCUGAAAAUGUCUUUACUUGCACAGACCUCAAAGUUUCUAAUUCAAUGUAUACAGGGCUGUUCCUUAAAAACAAACUAGAAUAUUCUGCCUCAUUGUUCUAUAAUGUAGUUUAUAUUGUAUUGAAAAGAGAAAUAAAAUAAAAAAUGUUUGAUGA